GUCAGACCGACAAGACCGGGUGUUUAAUUGUAAAUUGCUUCUCUCCCUCCCCCCUUUCCCUCUUGCGUCUUCUCCGUCCGGUGGCCACGAGGGCGGUGAUUGGUUCUCCCGAUACUGCCAGUCUGUUCGUCCUGCCUUCUGACCGCUCGCUCCCCUUUCUUUCCUUUCAGACGCAGUCAAACCGUCGAGACUAACGAGCCUGCCGACUUGCGAAAACUGCGACAGCUGCGAGACAUUCGAACCUUCCAUACGACUUGUUUCAUUUCGAUCGUGUCCCUGCGAGAACCGCCUGGCUGGUGCUUUUCCGGUCUCUCGUCCAACUUCCAACUUGCCCGAUCCCGUUCCAACGGCGCGCGCUUGGGACUCCCUUCGCUCUCGGGCCCUCACCUUGUUCGCGAAUAUACAUAUCCAGCCGCUGCUGCAGUUCGGUCAAUCUGAUUUCUGCAUCGCUGCACGAUUUUUCGAUCCGCCGUCCACCACUCGGUCCUUUUUCCCCCUUCCUCUCGCCCCCUGCUUUACCACGGCUCUUCCCGUAUCUGGCUCGACCCGAAUCAUUGAACCCCCGCUUCGCGAUCCUACCUUCGGGAUCCUACAAUCGACCCUCUCACAUGGACGUCGGACGUUAAAAUUCGCCAUUUUCAAACUCAAAUUUUGCCUUUACCGUGUGUCAGAUCCCUUCAUCGGCGUAUCUGACGUGGACGUAACCAUCUACGACGCUCUACAAACCUAGUGUGAUGUUGCCAGGAAAGAUUUGGUGGAAAUAAAUUAUCUCGGUUCAGCAUUUGUCCCCGCCAGAAUGGGUAAUUCUCAAGGGAAACCGGUGGCUUGCAAUGAUGCGGUCAACCUCAACCACUUCCGCCUCCUUCGCGUGGUCGGCAAGGGUGCCUUUGGCAAAGUCCGUAUCGUGGAGAGAAAGGAUACUGGUCUAACGUUUGCGCUCAAAUAUAUUCGCAAGGAAGAGGUUGUCCGGUCGGAAAGUGUACGAAACAUCAUCCGUGAACGACGUAUGCUGGAGCAUUUGAACCAUCCGUUCCUUUGCAACUUGCGCUACAGCUUUCAGGAUAUGGAAUACAUCUACAUUGUCGUGGAUCUGAUGAAUGGCGGCGAUCUUCGGUUUCACAUUUCGCGGAAGUGUUUCACCGAGGAAGCUGUACGGUUUUGGAUGGCAGAGCUGGCUUGUGCCCUGAGGUAUAUCCACUCGCAGGGUAUCAUCCAUCGUGAUCUCAAGCCCGAUAAUGUACUUUUGGACUCGGAGGGACAUGUCCAUUUGGCUGAUUUCAACGUGGCAUCAGACUUCCGACCGGGAAAGCCUUUGACGAGCAAGUCGGGAACAUUGGCUUAUCUUGCGCCGGAGGUGUAUGAAGGUGGCGGUUACUACUUUGAAGUCGAUUGGUGGUCGUUGGGUGUCACCUUUUAUGAGUGCAUUUACAACAAGCGACCGUUCGAAGGCCGCAGCCAAGAGACUCUGAGUGAGAACAUCAAGAAAGCGCAGCCAAAGUAUUAUGUCACCAACCCCGCUGUCUCUGUCCCCUGUCUACGGGCCUUGUCGGCAUUGAUCGAGAAGGAUCGCAGUCGACGCAUUGGCGCCAUCAGCUUCGAAAGCUUCACCUCGCACAUGUUCUUUGCAGAUAUCGAUUUCGAUGCGCUCGAGCGGAAAGAGUACGCUCCAGUUUUUCGUCCCUCCAGCGACAAAACCAACUUUGACGCAACCUACGAUCUCGAAGAGCUACUACUCGAAGAGGCACCUCUGGAGGCUCGCGCUCGUCGGCAAAAACCACGCGCAGAGCUGCGCGACGAUGCAACGGCUAAGGAGGUCCGCGAGGAUGAGCUUCAUCGUUUGAUCGAGACCAUGUUUGAGCCAUUUGAUUAUACUCUCGUUAACUUCCAAGGAAAUGCCGCGGAAGCCAUCGCUGCGUCAACUAACCCGGAAGACUGCUUUCCCAUUCCUACCGCGACCUCCACUACGCAUUCCCGUCAACUGUCACAACCCGAAUCCUCCGCCAGAAACUCGUCCCCGCCUCAGCAUGAGCGUUCCUUCCACGCCAUUUCCCACAAUGACAACCUGACGGGUGUCAGCGAGAAUCUCGAUCCGAAUGACUCGGUGUCCGGUCAUCAACCACCCUCGCCCUCGACUCGUGCUUCGCCAUCGCCCCCUCCUCCUGCACCUAUGCCCCCGGCCCCCUCCUUCCACCGUCCGUUGCCCCCUGCACCCCGCCCGGGUGGAGCUACCAGGAAGAUGAGCAAAGGAGGUGGUGUACAAAUGGUGUUGGAGGAAGCAGGCAGCUGGACCGAGCUCGCUGAUCACAGCUCUACCCUCCCAGCUGAAGGCUUCGAGGGUGCGGGCAAGGGCAAACAAUCCAACAGCGGCAUGCUUUCGUUCCUGAGCCGGAAGAAGGGCCGCGAUCGCAGCCCCAAGCCCACCGAGCCGGGUGUUUUGGGAAAGGAGGGCGCCCGACAGAUCAUCAGCUGAAGUAGUUGAUCUUCUAAAAAGAACAAGUUGGGACCGGCAAUCAUCUCCCAGAUACAAGCUUAAUUCUUAAUGGGUUGGCAGACUCUUCGUGCGCUGAUGGUGGUCUGCCUCGGACACCAUCUCAUCCCAUUUCCCUUUGUGAGACGCCCAUGCUCGUGGUGACUGUCUCCCUCCAAAAAUUCAUGGACUGAGGUGAUCAGUGGCCCAUCAGGUGCCCCCUUCGUGACAUAUUACAAUCCACAGGGCUGGAUGUUGCCAAUUGGACAUACUCGUUCGAUGAACACAGUGGUCCGUUCUGAUCAUCAUGUUGGCCAGACCAUCCCCGGAAUGUUGCCUGCGAAUAAUACUCGACCACACCGUCCUUCUGCACCGUCUAUCACGCAAUAGAGAUUCUGGACGGUUCUCGCCUGUGGCAAUCCAAUGCCUCGAUUUUCAUUCUUCUAGAUUCCCCGGAACCAGCGACAGUUGUUUUCACUGAUUUUUCUGAUUCUUAUUUUCUUUGUGCUAUUUUCAUCAUAUUCAUUUCUGCUUCGAUCUUCCGCACUUAUCAGAAACUGUACAGAUGGACAUGUUCCUCGAUUGACCAUUCAUAUUGACAAUGACCCUUGCUGGUAGGCUUUUUGAACCAGGCAUUUUCGUUUCGACGCUACAUCUUUAUCAAUCAGCUGUUUUCUUUCCCUUUCUUUCUUGGAGUUUUCAUACCCUCAUGUUAUUGAUUGAUACGACACACGUGUUUCCUCUUUGGUUUGUGAUCAUUUACAUUUCUGGUUGUAUUAGAACGGACUGGAGCUUGUUGCAUUGUACUUGGGAGAGGUGGUCAGUGAAAUAAGUGUAUUUUAAUGUGUCCUCAAUGCCACAUCUCUGCGAAAUGCGAUAAUCUUGCAUUCAA